UACAGCGCCGGCUCGUUAAUUUCAGGAGGAGACGGUGGUGCCGCAGGCAGCGAUUCAGUUUGGACCUUGUAUCCAGGGGAAUCUGUACCAACCAUGGCUCGAAGUCGCACACUGGGGGAGGAUUUCACCUUCGUUAACCCCGUGGUUAAAUAUUUACUAUUUUUGUUUAACAUGUUGUUCUGGACCAUCUCCUUGGUGAUGGUUGCCAUUGGUGUGUAUGCCAGAGUCAUGAAGCAUGCUGAGGCUGCCAUGGCCUGUCUCGCUGUGGACCCUGCCAUUCUCCUCAUCGUGGUGGGGGCACUGAUGUUCCUGAUCACAUUCUGUGGGUGCAUUGGAUCACUGCGGGAGAACAUCUGCCUUCUGCAGACGUUCUCUAUCUGCCUGACGCUGGUAUUUUUGCUACAAUUGGUCGCCGGGGUUCUGGGCUUCGUCUUUUCAGAUAAGGCCCGAUCAAAGGUCAGUGAGAUCAUCGACAGCGCAAUAAUCCAUUACCGAGAUGACCUGGAUCUCCAGAACCUCAUUGACUACGGGCAGAAACAGUUCAGCUGCUGUGGGGGCAUUUCGUACAAGGAUUGGAGCCACAACAUGUACUUUAACUGCACAUUGGAAAACCCCAGCAGGGAGCGCUGCUCUGUGCCUUAUUCCUGUUGCCUGCGCUCCAAGGAGAAAGUGAUCAACACCAUGUGUGGGCAUGGCAUGCAGGACCUGGAGUAUUUGGCAGCAGAAGAAUAUAUCUACACCAAUGGGUGCAUCGACAAGCUGGUCAACUGGAUCCAUAGUAACCUCUUCCUGUUGGGAGGGGUGGCCUUAGGCCUUGCCAUCCCACAGUUGGUGGGAAUUCUCCUCUCCCAGAUCCUCAUCAAUCAGAUCAAAGAUCAGAUUGAGCUCCAGAAGUACAACAGCCAGCACAGAGCAGACCCCUGGUACUGAACACACUGUCUCCACACCUGCACAGAGUAGAGGGGGUCGGUGGCCCCUACUGCCUAUUGUGAGGCCCUUCGUACUGAUGAACUUACUUGCUCAGAAAGGACUGCAGUCCAUCAGGAUCGACAAACUGCCACUCUGAUCUCGGUGGGUUACAUGUAUUUUGUCCACUGGAUGUGCAGAUGCUUGAACUCAUAGUUUUAAAUGGAUUUUUCAUCACAUCCUUCAAUGUCACUGUGAAAUAAAUUCACUUAUUUUGCAAUACAUAGUGUUCUGUGGUGUGGUUCUCAGGUACAAGUAUGAAGCACAAAGUCCCAUAUAACUGUGGUGCAGUCUCAUCUCUCUUGUUGAGUUCUUGCAGCUGCCCCUCAAGGAGUAUUUACUUCUGGUGCAGUUGGGUUUAUCUGUGCCCAUGCUUGUUGCAAUUGGUUGUCAACUCUGCCUCUGUUACUGUUAAUCUGUUCAUUAGUGUUGCUCUCUUUUACUGUUUUAUUUCUGUCAACGGGACAAUAUGGGGUGAAAACCGCCGACAUUUUAGAGGGGGAUUCCCAAACAUCUACUUAUCAAGGGUGGUUUGGUUCAAGGCCAUAGUGCUUCCUGGCCACUGACUAAACCUAGCACUAAAAGGGGAAAAGUACUUUGAGAUAUGGAGUUGAUGUAUUGAAGAGUCUUGUUAAUAUGUAUGUGCACAUGUUGGGAUAUAAUCUUAAUGUCUAACAGCUAAUGUAAAUUUUUGGUAAAUGAAAUAUUUUUGUCUUUUAAUAAAAAUAACAUUAACCUGUG